AUGGCUGAUAUAUAGUCAUUAAAAGUAGCCUUUAUUGAAUUCAUAGAAAAAUUACUACCUUCGAUAUCAGAUCCAAUGUCAAUCACUUAAUAAAAAUGCUAAUUGCUUAUAAAACUCCUAAAAGACCAAGGUAAGACAAUUUAGGAUGUUUGUUUAUAUAUUUAAAACCUCAAAAUAGGACAUAUGAAACCUUCUAAUUAGAAUAAUUAAGAGGAAGAAAAAGUAAAAUCUCCAACUAAAACCAAACAACCUGAUCAUGAACUCUUCUAACCAGAAUCUUAUUUUAAGUUAAGUAUGAAAUAACUCUAUAAUAAAAUAGAUCUUCCUAAUAAAGAUUUAAUAAUAAAGAAAUCUAGUCAUAAGAAUAAUGAAUUAAGAGAGAAAAUUAUUAAUGUUGAAUAAGUGGAAGGACAAACAGAAGACACAUUAACGCCUCUAAAAUUUGGAAUUGAUAAAUUAAAAAGUAUACAUUCUAUCAUAUAUUAAGAAACACCAAAAACCACUUCAACCUUGAAUAUGUUCUUUUAAUAGGUAAAAGGCUUUUCAAUAGUUUCAAGAGAAUAUAUUAUUGAUGAUUUACAAUAAUGCAUGAAAGAAUUCAGAAGACACACUAAAAUAAUGGGAUGCAUAGAAUAAAGAUCUUUUGAAGUAAAUAGUGGAGAAAUCUCAGAAGUAGAUAAAAAACUACAUCAUUAAAACUAUAAUUUUACAAGUUAUUCUAAAUAAGUUGAAAGAUAAAAAUCUUUUAAAAAAAUGAGCAUAUUUGAAUAAAAAAAAAACACAGAACCAAAUAUUCUAAAAUAAAAUAAUGAGCAAUUAUAACCUACAUAGACUGUAAUACCAAUUUAAGAUGUAUCCUCUAUUUAAAAAAUUUAAGAAUCUAAAAAUAACGAAUCUCAAUAACCAUUUACUGCCAGAACUUAUUAAUCUUCCAAAACAACAUUAUAUUCUCAUAGAAUUUAAUAAAGAAGAAAUGAUUAAUAAGCAUAAUUAAAUUAACGAAAUAUAGCUUAAUAAGAAUAAAAUAAUGAAUAACUUAACAACACUAACUUAUAAAAUAAUAGAACAGAUAAUUAAUAAUAAGAUACCAAAUUUAAAGUUGCACCAUUAUCUUUAGAAUCAACUAGUAAUUAAACAUCAGAAAUAAUCAAAUUAGGUACUGUACCAUCCCCUAAAUAAACAUCUAAACGAUCUAUUAAUGAUACAGUUUCUCAAAAUACAUAAAUAAAUUCACUUCCAGUUUCACCUUUUCAGAAUAAUAAUAAAUUUACUAUUGAAUCUACUUAAUCGUAAACUCAUUCUAGAGAAUAGUCAACCAAAGAAGAAAUUAAAGUUGAUAAGAAAUUAGAAGUUCCAUAUAGAAAUACUUAUACCAGAUUUAAUUAUACAUAAUAAAGAUUAUAAUAUAUUAAAGGGAAUUAUACAGGUUAAAUUAAUAAUAAUGGAGAUGAUAAGACUACAGAAGUUAAAAUAGAUAUGAAAUAAUUGGAUUCAAAUUUUUGA